AUUUAUUAAAACUGUAAGAAUGUUUAGCAUAUCGAUUGAUACUACAUUUGAUGCAUCUCGUAAUGAACAAAUAUCAUUUAUUAUACGAUAUGCUGAUGAAGUGACUGGUGAGGUUCAUGAAAGACUAUUAGCAGUAAAGGAAUCACCAAUUACAUCUGGAAAAAAAUUAUAUGACAUUUUUGUAAAUGUAAUGGAAGCUGAAAAUUUGAAUUGGAAAGAAGAGAUGGUUGGUCAGUCAUAUGAUGGAGCUAGUAACAUGCGUGGUAACUAUAAUGGCCUCCAAGCUCAUAUUAAAGAAGAAAGCCCACAAGCAUUAUUUGUGUGGUGUCACUCCCAUCGUUUGGCUUUGGUAGUAAAACAAGCAGUAUCAUGCAACUCCAACGCAGUUGAUUUAUUUGGCAAUUUAGAAACUCUCUAUGUUUUUCUUUGGUGUUCAAAAAAAAGAGCAACGAUUUUCAGAGAAAUUCAAAUUGAAUGUGGUAAUAUGGAAGGUAAAAAUAAUCCAUUGCAUGCUGUUAAGAGAGUAAGUACAACACGUUGGAGUUCUCAUGCGGCAGCAUUAUAUGUAGUUUUAAAAUUCCACAAUGCAGUUUUAAAAACAUUAAAUAAAAUUAAAGAUUCUGAAGGAUCUGCUGAUGUAGUAGUUGGUGCGAGUUGUAGUGGUUUGAUAUCAUACCUUACAUCCCAACGUUUUCUUCUAACAGCAUUAUUAUUCAAAACUAUAUUUCAAAUACUUGAACCUGUCACCCGCCAAUUGCAGUCCCAAGAUAUGGAUAUGCUUAUGGCCACAAAUAUUUUAAAUAAUGUGAUUCAUCAAAUCAAAGAACUUAGAAAUGAUGAUUCGUUUAAAAGAUUACUAAAAAGGACUGAUGAGUUUGCUGAAAAUAGUAUUGUUGACUUUUUACCUCUUGUAUCUAGUCGACCCAAACGUGUUCCAAGAAAAUCAGGUGAACAUUGUCAGGAUGAAAUUAUAUCAUGUCCCAUGAAAAAAUUUAGAAUUGAUACAUACAAUGUCAUAAUGGAUAUUCUUUUAGCAGAGUUAAGUGGACGUUUUGAAAGCACCAAUAUAGGACCUUUAAAAGACUUAUCCCUUCUUUCAUUUAGACGUAUUCGAGAAGUUCAAAAUAAUCCACACAUUGUACCUUGUGAUGCCUUUGACGCUUUGUGUACCAUGUACUCACAAAUCGAUAAAAACUCAUUAUUGACAGAAUAUAUUGAAUUUUGUAAAAAUUUUACUGAAAUAGAAAACAGUAUUUUACUUCCUAAGUAUCUUAACAACAAUUUAAUAGUUGAAGAUUAUGAAGAUUCACUAGAGUUAAACGCAUAUAGUUAUGAUAGUGCGGAAGAAGAUUCUGCAAAAGUUGUUUAUCAUAACAUAUCAAGUACGAGGGAAUUAUUUAAACUAUUUUGUUUGGCUUAAUUAGCUAAUAUUUUUCCAAAUUUAUAUUUAGUUUUAAAAUUAUCUAUCACAUUACCUGUAACAAGCUGUAGCGUAGAGCGAACUUUUUCUAAAUUAAAACUUAUAAAAACAAAGUUAAGAACAACUAUGUCACAAGAUCGUCUCGAUAGUUUAAUGAAAAUAUCAUGUGAGCAAGAUAUAAUUAUUAAUAAUGAAAAUGUAAUUUUGUUAUUUGCAGCUAAAAGUAGUGUUCUAACUAAAUGUUUGAUUUAUUAAUAAAUAUUUAAUACUUAUAAUAAUAUUGUUACGAA